AACCAUCUUAUUUUUUAAUAUUGACCUAUACAUUACACAUCUGAAUCGAAAAAAAUGACAGACUAUGAUAUGCAGACUUCUUCAAAUUAUUCCUCGGGAUCACCGUCUUCUGGUGGCUUUGGUGGUAAUGGCGGUCAAGAAUACGUAGUUUUUGAUAGAACUACUGAAGGUUUCUCGAAGGGUACUUUGGACAGAUCUACCGCCGCAAAAUUAAAAUUAGAACACUUCUAUAAGGUUACGUUGGAUCAAGCGAGAGAGCGUAAUGACCGACGUAAUGAACUUGAAAAAAAACUCGAAAAAGAAGAUAUCUCAGAUGAACGAAAGAACAGACAACUUCAAUCACUUGGAAGAAAAGAAUCUUCUUUUUUGAGACUUCGAAGGACUAGAUUAGGAUUAGAAGAUUUCGUUACCGUCAAAGUAAUCGGUAAGGGUGCAUUUGGCGAGGUUCGAUUAGUUCAAAAAGCUGAUACAGGGAAAAUAUAUGCAAUGAAAACUUUAAGAAAGGCAGAUAUGUUUAAAAAAGAUCAGUUGGCUCACGUUAAAGCUGAGCGUGAUGUUCUUGCUGAAUCUGAUUCUCCAUGGGUAGUUCAACUAUUUUACUCCUUCCAAGAUGUGUCAUAUCUUUAUCUUAUUAUGGAAUUUUUGCCCGGUGGUGAUUUAAUGACAAUGUUGAUCAAGUAUGAUACCUUCUCGGAGGAUGUAACAAGAUUUUAUAUUGCAGAGUGUGUUUUAGCCAUUGAAGCAAUUCACAAACUAAAUUUCAUUCAUCGAGACAUCAAACCGGAUAACAUUUUGAUCGACAAAGAUGGUCAUAUUAAAUUGUCCGAUUUUGGUCUUUCUACUGGUUUUCAUCGAACACACGAUUCUGCAUAUUAUCAAAGACUUUUAGAUGGAAGCCUUAAUACUUCAUCAGGUCACAGACAAUUAGGUAGUGAAGCUAAUAUUAAUUUGACAUUAUCGAGCAAGGACAGAAUUGCCACAUGGAAAAAAAAUCGAAGAGCUUUGGCUUAUUCCACGGUUGGUACACCGGAUUAUAUUGCACCCGAAAUUUUCUUACAGCAAGGUUAUGGCCAAGAAUGUGAUUGGUGGUCACUAGGAGCCAUCAUGUUUGAAUGUCUUGUAGGUUAUCCACCAUUUUGUAGUGAAAAUGCUCAUGAAACUUAUAGAAAAAUUAUCAAUUGGCGGGAUCAAUUAUAUUUUCCUGAUGAUGUUCAUUUAGGUCCUGAAGCAGAAAAUUUAGUUCGACGACUUAUUUGUGCACCUGAACAACGUUUGGGACGUCAUGGUGCCGAAGAAAUUAAAGUACAUCCAUUUUUUGCUGGAGUAGAUUGGGAUACCAUUCGCAGCAUUGAAGCACCUUUUGUACCAAAUUUGAAAUCUAUUACUGAUACUAGCUAUUUCCCUACAGACGAUCUGGAUAAGAUUCCAGAACAACCCCAAACUAUCGAACGUAACAAUUCAAACGCUACUGGAGAAUAUAAUCAAAAAGACUUGGCUUUCGUCGGUUAUACAUACAAGAGAUUUGACGUUCUUACAAGAAAAAAUGCUUGGUAAAUUAUUAUUUAAGUUGGUAGGGUAAAAAGGAAUUAAAGAACGAUCGAAAGGAAAUUGUAUUAUCACUUUAUUUAUUUUACAAAUUCUCGGUAAAUAUUAAAUAUAUUUGUAUUCCGAGAUAUAAACCUCAUGAAUUUCAGCAGAAGAAAAAAAAAUAUUAAAAAACAUGAUUAGCCAAAGUUUAUUUUUUAGAAACAAGUGAAAUAGUCUAUAAAGUAAUAUUAUUAAUGUAUGUAUAGAAAUUAUUUUUAACAUUGAAUUAUAAUAUUAUCGAUCAAAAUUUGUUGAACUACUAAAUUUUUUUAGACAUUCAUGAUUGAAGUGACUUAUUUAUAAUUUAUAAUAUAUUAAAAAUAUAGAGAAUAAUAUAUGUGAUUAAGUAUAUAUUUAUUAAUUAGCUUAACAUCAUAAAAGACAUUCAUCAUUUACCAUAAAAAUAAAGUAACAUCAAUACUUGUUGUUAUUAAACAUUA